AUGUUUUUAUCCAAGUCUGCUUAUUUGAUUUCGAGAACGAGGUUCGCGAGCGUUGUUCCACGAGUCUCAUUUUUGGCCACUAGAGGUUAUGCUGCUGCUUUCGAUCGUUCUAAGCCACAUGUAAAUGUGGGUACUAUUGGUCAUGUUGAUCACGGUAAGACCACUUUGACUGCUGCCAUCACAAAGACUUUGGCAAGCAAAGGUGGUGCUGAUUUUUUGGAUUAUGCUGCCAUUGAUAAGGCUCCUGAAGAGAGAGCAAGAGGUAUUACCAUUUCUACUGCUCAUGUUGAAUAUGAAACCGCAAAGAGACAUUACUCGCAUGUCGACUGUCCAGGUCAUGCUGAUUAUAUCAAGAAUAUGAUUACUGGUGCUGCCCAAAUGGAUGGUGCUAUCAUUGUUGUUGCGGCAAGUGAUGGUCAAAUGCCACAGACUAGAGAACAUUUAUUGUUGGCUAGACAAGUUGGUGUGCAGAAUUUGGUUGUUUUUGUUAAUAAAGUCGAUACCGUCGAUGACGCUGAGAUGCUGGAGUUGGUCGAAAUGGAAAUGAGAGAGUUAUUGACUCAAUAUGGUUUCGAUGGUGAUAACGUUCCUGUGAUUAUGGGUUCUGCUCUUUGUGCUUUGGAAGGAAGAGAACCGGAGAUUGGUGAGAAGGCAAUCAUGAAGUUGUUGGAUGCUGUCGAUGAGUAUAUCCCAACGCCAGCCAGAGACUUGGAAAAACCUUUCUUGAUGCCAGUUGAAGACAUCUUCUCUAUUUCUGGUAGAGGUACUGUCGUUACCGGUAGAGUGGAAAGAGGUGAAUUGAAGAAGAAUGAGGAAGUUGAAAUUGUGGGCCAUACUAAGACCCCAAUCAAGACUACCGUCACCGGUAUUGAAAUGUUUAGAAAAGAAUUGGACCAAGCUAUGGCUGGUGAUAACGCUGGUGUUUUAGUGAGAGGUAUCAGAAGAGAUCAAAUCAAGAGAGGAAUGGUUUUGGCUAAACCAGGUACCGUCAAGGCACACACCAAGGUCUUGGCAUCCUUGUAUAUUUUAUCCAAAGAAGAAGGUGGCAGACAUUCUGGUUUCGGUGAAAACUACAGACCACAAAUGUUCAUCAGAACCGCAGACGUCACUGUGGUCUUAAGAUUCCCAGAAUCCGUAGAAGACCAUUCCAAGCAAGUUAUGCCUGGUGAUAACGUCGAAAUGGAGUGUGAAUUAAUUCAUCCAACCCCAAUCGAAUUAGGACAACGUUUUAAUAUCAGAGAAGGUGGCAAAACCGUCGGUACUGGUUUAAUCACUAGAAUCAUCGAAUAG